UGUGCGGGCUUUGCACAGCUACAACUCUGUUCCACAGCCAGACUCCACAUCCGAGGACUUCACAGCAUGGAGCUGCUCCCCAAAACCCUGUUUCUGUGCUUAGCACUUGCCCUCACCAAUGGAGGACCUGUGCCGCCAAAUGAUACAGCAGUAGAUGAAGCUGCUCUACCAGACCGGUGUGAAGGCAUUGAGUUUGAUGCCGUCACUCCAGACGAGAAAGGAAACACUUUCUACUUCAAAGGCGGCCACUUGUGGAAUGGUUUCCACGGUGAGGCCCAGCUCUCCAAUGAGUUCUUCAAGGAGCUUGAUGACAUCCAUCACAUCGGCCACGUGGACGCCGCCUUCCUUAUGCACAACGCAGACAACCCAGGCGACCACGACCACAUCUAUUUCUUCCUGGAUGACAAGGUGUUCAGCUAUUACAACCACACUCUGGAGGCCGGCUAUCCCAAAGAGAUCCAGGAGGACUUCCCAGGAGUCCCCUCGCAUCUGGAUUCAGCCGUGGAGUGUCCCAAAGGAGAGUGCAUGGCCGACUCGGUUCUGUUCUUCAAGGGACAUGAUGUGCAUGUGUAUGAUAUUACCACAAAGAUAGUGAAGAUCAAGACGUGGGCCCACUUGCCCGUCUGCACCUCCGCUCAACGCUGGCUGGAGCACUACUACUGUUUCCACGGACACAACUUCACCAGGUUCAACCCGGUGACCGGAGAGGUGAGCGGCUCCUACCCCAAGGACAUCCGCCACUACUUCAUGAAGUGCCGGGACUUCGGUCAUGGAGGUAACUACCAAGUCCCGAAAUGCAGUGAGGUCAAGUUAGAUGCCAUCACCACUGAUGAUGCAGGCAAAAGUUAUUCAUUUGCAGGCUCCAUGUACAUGCGCCUGGACACCCGUAGUAGCGGCCUCCACGCCUUCCCAAUCACCAGGGCGUGGAAAAAGAUCAGCAACGGGGUAGACGCCGUCUUUUCCCACGCCGACGACAUGUACUUCAUCAAGGAUGAUCAAGUUUACAUCUACAAAACAGCGGCUCACUACACCCUGAUUGAAGGCUACCCUAAAACCCUGAAGGAGGAGCUCGGAAUCGAAGGACACGUGGACGCCGCUUUUGUCUGUCCAAAUGAACACACGGUUCAUGUAAUCCAAGGAAAUAUGAUACGGUACGUGGACCUUAUCGCCACACCCAGGGCCGUGACCGAAUAUCCCUUGCCCUUGUCCGGCAUCGACGCCACUCUGUGCGAUGCGGAAGGAAUCCAGUUGUUCAAGGGCUCGCAGCAUUACAAGUACGAGUCCCCCAUGCUACUAUCUAUGAGCAGGAUAGCCCCUCACCCUCUCCCCAUUACCAACGCCUUGUUGGGAUGUCGCAAUGAGUAGUUUCUCAGUCACACUAGAGAGUGGAAGAGAGAGGGAAGAACUACAUGUGUAAGCUUUUGAUAACUCCUUCCCUCCCAUGCAUCGUGGAGUUUAAGUUGUUUAAUGAAUAAAAUGUGGAAAACGUCA